UUAGCUGUGACCAGAAAGCACUUGAAGACUUUACCAACAUGGAAGAACAGUCUGUGGCAGUUGUUGCGCUGAUCCUUGUUGUUGGGUGCUUCUCCGUCGACACCACAGCUCCUACAACACUGCGACUUGUCAAUCUGAUGUAUCGCCAUGGCGACCGCACUCCAUACACCACUUACCCCAACAACCCCCACUCCAUGAAUACUACCUGGCCCCAGGGACUCCAGUGGCUGACAACUGAUGGAAUGGCACAACUCUACUCUCUUGGUCGCUUCCUCCGACGUCGCUACUCCGGGUUUCUUAGCAACAAGUACAUGCACACAGAGAUCACCGUGGAGAGCUCGGACGUGGACAGGUGUCUGAUGUCUGCCUACUCCAACCUGGCCGGUCUGUACCCUCCAAGUGGGGACCAAGUGUGGAACAGCAACAUCCCCUGGCAGCCCAUCCCCGUCCACACCAGGCCCAAGGUGGAAGAUAAUAUGUUGGCUCUACACAAGCCGUGCCCCAAGUAUGACAUGUUGUAUGAUCUACGCUUCAGCUCCCCACAAGUACACCGGGUAGAACGCGAGAACAAGGGUUUCUUUCGUUUUUUGGAGGAGAAGUCAGGUCUUACUCCAGUGUCGUUUAAGAAUCUGUGGGAGAUCUCCGACACUCUGUUUUGUGAGAAAAACCACAACGUCACAUUGCCUAGCUGGGUAAACUCCACAAUCUACCAGAAGCUGCGGGAGUUUGAGGCUGUGGGCUAUGAUCUUCUCUACAAUGGUACUAUCGAAGCCCGUCUUAAUGGAGGUCCUCUUUUAAAGAAAUGGAUCGAACUGGCACAACGGAAACUCAGUUCCAAGAGUUACACCACCAAGAUGAACAUGUUCUCCGCCCAUGACUCAACCACCGUGGCGCUCCUCUGCGCUCUCCGAGUCCACAACCACCUCAACCCACCCUACUCCUCCGCCGUCCUCAUGGAGCUGCACGAGACAGGGGCCGGGGUCUUCCACGUGGAGCUGUACUACAGGAAUGUGUCAUCCACAGACCCUAAUGAUGACACACAGCCUAAUCAACUCACCAUCCCAGGUUGUACGUCCCAGUGCCCGCUGACCAACUUUGUGUCCCUCACCAAAGACAUGGUUCCCACAGACUGGGACGCCGAGUGCGCCGCCUCCAACACAGAUCCCAUCAUCGGAAGGCGUCGGGGCAAGGCCAGUCGCACCAGGACAUAUGGACCAUAUUGACCACUUGGCCAUGUGGGACUGUUGAACACUGCAAUACACUCGCAUUGGCAGCAUCACGGAACACAUGCACAUAUUGUAUUGGAAACAUACGUUCAGGAAUAAAUCGCCCGAUGCUGA